GUCACCAUGACUCCUCCUGACAUCUAAUCCUGGUUUCUCCAUCUUCAUGUCUCCACAGCCAAAGCAGAUCGGGGAUGAUUUCUGCGGCCUGGUGCUGAACCAGCCGCUGGGAGGCCUGAGGGUGAUCGAGGGACAGCCGCUGUACGAGGACCGGACCGAGGGCAUGGGCGCUGUGGCCGCCUACACCUACGGAAACGACACUGUGGUGUUUGUGGGAACCCGAAGCGGACAGCUGAAGAAGAUCCGAGUGGACGGCGUGCCGCCGCCAGCCCAGAAUGCCUUGCUGUAUGAGACGGUGGCGGUGGCGGAGGGCCAGCCCAUCCUGAGGGACAUGGUGUUCAGUCCAGACCACCGCAGCAUCUACCUGCUGAGCCACCGACAGGUGACCAGGCUGCCGGUGGAGAGCUGCCAGCAGUACAACAGCUGCUCUGACUGUCUGGGAUCAGGAGACCCGCACUGCGGCUGGUGCGUCCUCUUCAACAAGUGUUCCAGGAAGGAGUCAUGUGACCGGUGGGAGGAGCCUCAGCACUUCAACACCCGUCUGGACCAAUGCGUGUUCAUCUCGGUUUCUCCUAGCAACAUGUCCGUCACCUCUCCUCCCACUCAGCUGACCAUCAGGGUGCAGAACGUCCCGGAGCUUUCGGGCGGGGUCACCUGUGUGUUCGAAGACCUGACGGAAACACCUGGACAGGUGCAGACAGAAGGUCAGGUGGUGUGCAUGUCGCCGUCGCUCGAGGAGCUACCAGCACAAGCUCCUCCCUACGGGGAGAAGCGUGCGGUCCAGCUCAGCCUCCGCUCUACAGAGACGGGUCUCCGGUUCAUCUCCACCAGCGUGGUUUACUACAACUGCUCCGUCCUUGGCUCGUGAACCUCCUGUGUCAGUGA